ACUCGAUCUCCCGGUCCUAAAGCCUCUCGGAUACCGCAGCACCGUGAGACAGCAGCUCACCUCAAUACAGCUCGCCUUCUCGAAAACAGCCUGUACGCCUAAAAAUAUUGCAGUUAAAUUACUGAAUGAUGGCCUCCUCUGAGCCAGGCAGCUUACCUGGAGUUGAGCACCAUACACCAACUCCAAAGACUGAACCCGAUGAGGAGAGUGAGAAUAUAGCUGAGAAACUGGCGAAAGGAAGAAGCAAAGGGAGACUUUUAAAAUCUCAAAACGUAUUUAAAUGUUCAGCCUGCCAGGAAGCAUUUCCCAGCCCCUCGGCUCUACGGAGCCAUAAGCUCUCAGCUCACGGUCAAGACAAGCAGCAACCAUACACCUGUGGGCAAUGCAGCAAGACCUUCUCCAGCCGCGCUCAACUCUCAAAACAUCAGCGCUCACAUUCAGCUGAGCGUCCAUUCCAGUGCCCUCAGUGCCAUAAAGCGUACAAGACCCACACCGAGUUGCGCAAUCACAGCCGCUCCCACACUGGAGAAAAACCCUUUGUUUGUACUGAAUGUGGCAAGGCAUUUAUGCAGGCCAUCUGCCUGCGCAUUCACAUGACGCAACACAGUGGCGAAAGGCCUCAUUCUUGUCCGCACUGCUCCAAGAGCUAUCCUACACUGUCCAAGCUUAAAGUUCACCAGCGCUCCCACACAGGAGAAAAACCAUAUUUCUGUGCAGAAUGUGGCAAGAGUUUUGCCGACCCCUCAGUGUACCGCAAGCACCGGCGCAAUCACCAAGGCCAUCGGCCAUAUUCCUGCCAACAGUGUGCAAAGACUUACACAGAGCUCAAGGAUCUGAAAAACCAUGAGCGUUCUCAUACAGGUGAAAAGCCCUAUCUUUGCUCAGAUUGUGGCAAGGCCUUCUCACGCUCGUCCUCCUUGGCCUGUCACCUGCGUAUUCACUCUCAAAGCAAGCCAUACCAGUGUGAGCAAUGUGGAAAAGGCUUCACUCAGCUCUCUUCCUACCAGUCCCACUUACGCACGCAUUCUGGUGAGAAGCCCUUUCUCUGUCCACAGUGUGGCAAGAUGUUCUCAGAUCCUUCCAGCUUCCGCCGGCACCAAAGGGCUCAUCAGGGAUUUAAGCCUUACCCUUGCGACAAGUGUAACAAGAGAUUUCGGCAGCCAGCUGAUCUAGCCGUGCAUCAACGUGUGCAUUCAGGUCAAAGGCCAUACAAAUGCCAAAAUUGUGACAAAGCCUUUGUUGCCUCUUGGGAUCUGCGUCGACACAUGCUGGUGCACACCGGCCUUCGACCAUUUUCCUGCACCGAUUGUGGCAAGUCUUUUGCAGAGCGCUCCAGUCUCAAUAAGCACAGGAGAGUGCAUUCUGGAGAACGGCCAUUUAAGUGCCACAUGUGUUCCAAGUCAUUUGUCAUGUCAUCCAGUCUGCGCAAGCAUGAAAGGACCCAUUUACCUGAGAGACCUGCACAACAAGAACAGGCUACUGAAUCCGAGCAAGUAUUUUCCCAAACCAUAAGACCACAAUUCUCCUGUGAUCAUCGUGACACGAUUGCUUUUGAGACAUGGGAGGAGGUGCAGGCUCACACUAGCCUUCAUGCAAUCCCUCCUUCAACAGAUUCUGGCCCAUUUAUUUGUGAUAUAUGCCAGCUUGAGUUCCCCCAGUUUACUGAACUCCUGGUCCAUGAGAAAAUACACCCCAAGCCACGGCCACAUAUUUGUGACAGCUGUGGCAAAGGUUUCCUGAAUAAAGCUGGAUUGCGCAAGCAUCAGCGCAUCCACUCUAACAGCCGCCCACACUGUUGUGCAGUUUGCGGUAAAUCUUUCCUUUUUGCUGCUUACCUUCGCAAACAUCUGCGUACACACCGUGACAAUCAGUCCUCGCCUCCCCUGCCACAGUCGGACAUACCUGACGUAGCACAGCCACUGCCAUCUGAAAUAAAGUCAGAGCCUGCUACAAUUUCUCUAACUGUGCCUGUCAUUGUACCAGCGACAGCAUUCCAGACAGUGCCGGGACAUGUAUAUAUAAACAAAGAAGAGAACGUCUGACCAAUGUAUUGGACAUGAUUGUAAAUAUACGGUAGAUGUUUGAUUAAAGCAGCACAAAGUGGUUGCUUCCUACCUGGAACUACGAAUAAUCAAAGCUGAGCAUACCAUAAAAUGAAAGGGCAGGUAGUGUUGCUGCCAGAGCUCCAGUGUCCUGGUAACUGUCAUGCCAGAAGGUAAAUUAGCUAAGAUACACUGCCCCUUGCUAUGAAUGGAUAUGUGAAUGUGUAUAUGCAUGGUGCUCUGUGAUGGACUGGUGCCCCGUUCAGGGUGUAUUAUUCCCAUCCCACACCCACUGUAACCUUGAUCAGGAUAAAGCAGUUACUAAAACUAAGACAAUUUAUAGAGUGGAUUAUUUGAGAAGAAUGUAGCCAUGUCACACACACUUACAUACAAGUCUUUUGGUAAAACCUACUAUCCUUACUUGAAUUGUCAAGAGUUCAUGGCUUCAUAAUAAAUGAAACAAGAGACUUUUUUUUUUGAUAAAUUAAGAUAUUGAUAAUGAACAGAAAAGGGCCCAAAAAAUUUAUACACACUUAAACAUAAAAAAAUAAAUGCUUCUCUUUUAACGGGAUUACACUGACAGUAUAAAUACAGACUUUAGAGGAAACAUACAGUGUAAUACUACACAUUGCUGCCUUAAUUCAAUUAGAAUUUUUUUUUAAAGGGCAUAUAUUUUUAACUGUUAAAGUGGAAUACAUUUUUUGGCCCUCUUUGAAUAAUAAUAAUAAUAAUAAUAAUAAUUACAAUUAUAAUUUUUAUUAUGAGUCAGUCAUUAUUUCAAAUCAUUCAUUGUUUAAAUAAAUCAUGCUGUGUAUUUGUGUGAAUUAUCAUUGCUGCUAUAUCAAACUUUAUAUCAACCAUUAAGAUAUAUGUUUUUGUUCUGAGGUUUCAUUUUGUUUUCUGAAUUAUUGAAAGGGUCAGUAUUUUACAUACAACUCAACUUUACACAAAUGCAUGAACUUAUUAUAACCACUACCUGUACAUGUUUACUCUCUGGUCAUAUGAUAGUAUAGACUAUUCUGUAUUCAAUAAAGUUAUUUCAAAUCAUUUC